CCGACGCAGCGGGCGCAACGCCGGAAAGAAGAUUGAUUACAGGGGUGAUGGAGACUUCCUAAAGAGAGACGAUGGGCCUCGCAUUAUCAGCAAGAACGCGCGGAAUCAUGAGUUGUCCGAAGCGAGAAGUCCACUGGAGAGGAAACACGAUCCGAAGGUGUUUGGAUCUAUUCUCGGCAUCGAAGUUGGAGUAUGGUGGGCAACUAGGGAGGAGUGCAGUAGAGAUGCUAUUCAUGCGCCAUACGUUGCCGGCAUCUCUGGCGGUCCUGAGGGAUGCUACUCGGUGGCUCUCUCAGGAGGCUACGAGGAUGAUGUUGACAUGGGGGAAGGAUUCACUUACACAGGUGCAGGCGGACGCGACUUGAAGGGUACGAAGGAAAAGCCAAAGAACCUCCGUACGGCGCCACAGAGCUGUGACCAAGAUUUCGAAAAUAGGAGUAACAAGGCUCUCUUAAAAUCUGUGGAGACCAAGAAACCCAUCCGUGUUAUCCGGGGCUACAAGCUGGAGUCGAAAUAUGCUCCUUUGGAAGGCUAUCGUUAUGACGGCCUCUACACCGUCGAAAAAGCGUGGCGGGAGAAAGGUCUGAAUCCCAAGGGCUACCUUGUCUGCAAAUUCAUCUUCAAGCGUAUCGAGGGUCAACCUCCGCUCUCUGUUUACGAGGAUGAGGCUAAGGGUUCGGACGCCAUAUCGGAUAUAGAAGAGGAAGGCAACGACAAGGAUGCGUCCGAUUCCGACUAACUCCGACAGUCCGUACUGGAACCUGAUCGCGUCGGAUGCUUGGAAAAGGUUCAGUGCAGUGCGUAUAUACCCCGUAAUAUUUCUUGGAUCUUGCCGAUGUCAGCUCGCUAUUCUCCGUUGAGUCCUUGUCGAGCCUUGUCAAUUAUCUACCAGCGCUUCUACUCUCAUAACGGAGGCUAUGCACGUUGCUGGGAUCCUUCAGUACAAGAAACAUAUUUUUCCUGUUCUUGCUUGC